AUGACUUCGCUACCCAUAGCGGUCAUUGUUGGAGAAGGUGAAGCACAGCGAACAUUCUACGUCUCCGAGGAUGCUCUGCUGCGGAACUCCGGCUACUUUCUGGCUGCCUGCAAGGGACAGUGGCGCGGUGGCAACGAUGGCCAGAGCAUACCAUUGCCGGACGACGAUCCAGCUGCCUUCGAAGCCUUCGCUCGUUUCGCAUAUCAUGGCUACAUUUUCCCUGUCAUUUCUGCCGUGACCACUAGCUACAUUGCAAGUGACAACCAGCCAGGCCGUGACGCCUUCUGCAAUGAAGUUGACUUUCUGGCUUCCUGCUGGAUUCUUGGCGACAAAUUGCUAGCUACCGAGUUUAAGGACGCUGCUCUGGACGCCCUCGUUGAUCCCCUCAAUAAAGCGUGCCGGGUACCCGCUGGGGUACACGGCCGUGUAUACACCUCUACAGCUGGACCCAAUGGGCUACGCCGCUUGUUAGUUGAUGUAGCAGUCUACAAGUGGCCAAACGACAUCUUAUUGGAGGAUAGAGCAGGGCAGCGAUACUGGGAGUUGUUCAGGAAUGUGGCGGCAAGGUAUAAAGAGCUGGGGGGUACUGUAAUCGAAGGCAAUGGGCCGAUCUAUGACGGUGGUUGUUGGUAUCAUGAUCACGGUGACGGGGAGUGCUAUCGGUCGAAGACUCGUACUAGGGAGGUUUAG